AUGUUUAAGAAGGACAAAAAAAUGAAUAAGGACAAGGGGCUGGACGUGAACAGUGUACAAGCAGGAGCCCCUGAAGAGUCAGACAUGAUACUGAACAAUGGAGGAAAAGCAAAUGAAAGGGACAGCAAUGAGUUCUUGGAUGCAUCCCAGUCCAAAGAGAAGGCCAUUGCUUCCAUGGUCAGCAACACACUUCAUAUGUCCACAGAAGAGUCUGAGUUCCCACAGCCGGUUAGUAGCACCCCAAUGUUCUCAGAGAAUACCAUCCAUCCCAAACAUGAAGGUAGCCCCAAGUCCUCAUCGAAAAACACCCAGCUGAAACAGGAAAACAUUUCUACAACCUCUGGCUACUCCAAGCAGACCAACUAUAGCAACACCCCCAAGUCCUUGGCAAAAAGCACCCAUCCCAAACAGGGGAGCACCCUCAACCCUGCUAAUGGGACCCAUUACAGGGAGGCUGACAUGCCUAUGUCCUCAGAAGACACCAUUCAAUCCAAGAAAGGUAACAUGCCCAAGUCCUCAGAAGACACCAUUCAAUCCAAGAAAGGUAACAUGCCCAAGUCCUCAGAAGACACCAUUCAAUCUAAGAAAGGUAACAUGCCCAAGUCCUCAGAAGACACCAUUCAAUCCAAGAAAGGUGACAUGCCCAAGUCCUCAGAAGACACCAUUCAAUCUAAGAAAGGUAACAUGCCCAAGUCCUCAGAAGACACCAUUCAAUCCAAGAAAGGUGACAUGCCCAAGUCCUCAGAAGACACCAUUCAAUCUAAGAAAGGUAACAUGCCCAAGUCCUCAGAAGACACCAUCCAAUCCAAGAAAGGUGACAUGCCCAAGUCCUUAGAAGACACCAUCCAAUCCAAGAAAGGUGACAUGCCCAAGUCCUCGGAAGACACCAUCCAAUCCAAGGAAAGUGAAGUUCCAACAUCCUUGCAAGACACCAUUCAGUCCAAGGAAGGUAAAAUCUACAAACCCCUAAAGGACAGUGUCCAGUUCAAGGAGAACAAAAUCCCCAAGUCCUCCCAGGAAUCCAUCCAGUCCAAGGAGAGUAAAAUCCACAAACCCUUAAAGGACAGUGUCCAGUCCAAGGAGAGUGAAAUGCCAAAGUCCUCCCAGGAAUCCUUCCAGUCCAAGGAGGGUAAAAUUUAUAAGCCCUUAAAAGACAGCAUUCCAUCUAAGGAGGGAGAUAUUCCCAAGUCCUCAGAAGACACCAUCCAGUCCAAUGAAGAAAUUACGGUGUCCCCAGAAGACACCAUCCAGUCCCAGGAAGGUGACAUUAUCAAGUCUUCAGAAGAUGUGCAGCUCUUGGAGAGCAAACUCUUACAUCUUGAAACAGAAAUAGAGACCCUGGAGGAAGGCUUGGUGAGAGUGAUCAAAGACAAGGAGGAAUUUGAGGAGGUGCUCAAAGAUGCUGGAGAGAAGCUGGUGGCUGUGGAUUUCUCAGCUGCUUGGUGUGGCCCUUGCCGAAUGAUGAAACCACACUUCUAUUCCCUGUCUUUAAAGCACGAGGAUGUGAUAUUCUUGGAGGUGGACACUGAGGACUGUGAGCAGCUGGUACAAGACUGUGAGAUCUUUCACCUCCCAACUUUCCAGUUUUAUAAAAAAGAAGAAAAGGUGGGUGAAUUUUCUGGUGCCCUUGUGGGAAAACUCGAAAGAAGCAUUGCAGAAUUAAAGUAA